CGUCAAAGAACUUUGAGCAGAUUCCAACGAAGGAUUUUCGAGUGGCAAUGUUGGAUUGUACGAUAGUUUUGCUGAUAUGAUAUGAUCAUGGCGGAAUCUACGAAGCAGACGGAGGAUGAUAAAGUUAAGUGUAAAAUUUUAAUCAUUGGGGCUGGUAUGGCCGGAUUAUCAGCUGCGAAUCAUUUAUUGAAAAAUCACGAGACUGAUUUUCUGAUUGUCGAGGGACGAGGUCGAAUAGGUGGUCGUAUUGUCGCUACCAAAAUCGGCACUGAAAAGGUAGAAUUAGGAGCAAAUUGGAUUCAUGGAGUCCUAGGAAACCCAAUGUUUGAAUUAGCUAUGGCAAAUGGAUUGAUAGAUAUUGUGCGUGUACCAAGGCCUCACAAAGUUGUAGCUGCUAUGGAAGAUGGAAAACAAUUGCCCUUUCCAGUCUUACAAGAAAUUUAUGAAGCUUAUGUGUGUUUUCUGAGAAGAUGUGAAGAAUAUUUCUUAAGUUCUUAUAGCCCCCCAGAUGGAAUAAACAGUGUUGGAGCACAUGUGGCAUUAGAAGCUGAGAUUUACCUGUCUACUUUACCAGCUGAAGAAAGAAAAAUUAGGCAAUUAUUAUUUGAUUGUUUACUGAAAAGAGAAACCUGUAUUACUGGCUGUGAUAGCAUGGAAGAUGUUGAUCUCUUGGAAAUGGGUUCAUAUGCAGAACUUCAAGGUGGAAAUAUUAGUCUUCCAGAUGGAUACAGUGCUAUAUUGGAACCAGUUUCAAAACACAUACCAAAAAACAGUAUUCUAACUAGACACACUGUUACUAAAAUUAGGUGGCAAAGAAAAAGAAACAAUGAAAAUGAAAAUCUUAAUAAUUGUUCUAAUACAAAUCCAUCUAUAGAAAUACAAUGUGAAAAUGGAAAAACAAUAUUUGCUGAACAUGUGAUUUGUACAUUGCCAUUAGGAGUACUUAAGGAGAAAGCUAAUGAUAUAUUUGAACCUCCUCUACCGAAUUACAAACUUGAAGCCAUAGAUAGACUUCUGUUUGGUACUGUAGAUAAGAUAUUUUUAGAAUAUGAUAGACCAUUUUUAAAUCCUGGUGUGUCAGAAGUGAUGCUUCUAUGGGAUGACAGAGGACUAUCUGAAGAAGAGAAGGAAGACAUCAGUAAAACAUGGUUCAGAAAGAUAUAUUCUUUUACAAAAAUUUCAGAAACUCUAUUAUUGGGGUGGAUAUCGGGAAAAGCUGCAGAAUACAUGGAGAAACUGAGCGGAGCAGAAGUAACGGAUGUAUGCACAUCGAUAUUGAGAAAAUUUCUCAAUGAUCCAUUUGUACCAGCACCAAAAAAUUGUCUACGUACUUCGUGGCAUUCACAGCCCUAUACACGUGGUUCCUACACCGCUAUGGCUGUCGGUGCAAGUCAAUUAGAUAUUAAUAGUUUAGCCGAGCCUAUAAUGCAAGGGGAUGAUCCUUCAAAAAUCGUAAUAGCAUUUGCAGGUGAACAUACACAUUCUUCCUUUUAUAGUACAGUACACGGAGCGUAUUUAACCGGUCGAACUGCUGCCCAAGCACUGUUGGAAACGAAAAAGAACGAGAAAAACGCAUUUAGUCUCAGUUGCGAAGACACAAGCGACCUUAGUUCGUGGAUACAAGGAAUUUCUCUAAAUUAAAUAU